UGUGAACGCUUGACAAAGUGAUUGCUGUGAUAAGCUUAGAUCCUCCAAACCUCAAGCUCAGGCUAUAAAUACAAUACAUAACUUUGUGGCCAUGUCAUAUACUUGAAUACCAAUAGGGUUUUGAAAAUAUGGAGCAGAAUGAAAAUCAUGCCAGAAGGAAAAAGGGAGGGCUCAUCACAAUGCCCUUCAUCUUUGCUAAUGAUGUUUGUGAGAAGUUGGCCGUGGUGGGUUUCAAUACAAACAUGAUUAGCUACUUGACAACACAGCUUCAUAUGCCACUAACCAAAGCUGCUAACACCCUCACCAACUUUGGUGGAACUUCAAGCUUGACACCAUUGCUUGGUGCUUUCAUUGCUGAUUCUUAUGCUGGAAAGUUCUGGACUAUCACCGGUGCUUCCAUUAUAUACCAGAUUGGUAUGAUUAGUUUGACAUUAUCAGCAGUGCUCCCACAGCUAAGGCCACCUCCAUGCAAAGGUGAAGAGGUGUGCAAAGAAGCAAGUAGUGGACAGCUGGCAGUGCUGUACGUCUCACUACUUCUUGGGGCUCUCGGGUCGGGUGGGAUCCGACCCUGCGUAGUUGCAUUCGGAGCUGAACAGUUUGAUGAGUCGGAUCCAAAGCAAACAACAAGGACAUGGACUUACUUCAAUUGGUACUAUUUUGUGAUGGGUGCAUCCAUUCUUGUGGCUGUGACCGUUCUUGUUUACAUUCAAGAUAACAUUGGAUGGGGAUUGGGCCUUGGAAUUCCCACCAUUGCAAUGUUCAUCUCCAUUAUUGCAUUCAUUGUCGGGUACCCACUUUACCGCAACUUGAACCCGGCUGGGAGCCCGUUUACCCGAUUGAUUCAAGUGUCUGUGGCUGCGUUUCGCAAGAGAAAGAUCCCAAAUGUGUCACAUCAUAGUUUACUAUACCAAAAUGAUGAACUCGAUGCCUCUAUUUCCUCGGGUGGGAAGCUUCUUCAUUCUCAACAGAUGAAAUUUUUGGACAAGGCAGCAAUUGUGACAGAAGAAGAAGACAAUGGCAAAACACCCAACUUAUGGAAGCUAAACACAGUCCAUAGAGUGGAGGAAUUGAAGUCCAUAAUAAGAAUGGGCCCAAUAUGGGCCUCAGGCAUUCUUCUAAUAACAGCCUAUGCACAACAAAGCACAUUCUCUCUUCAACAAGCAAAAACCAUGGAUAGACACCUCACCAAAAGCUUCCAAAUCCCAGCAGGGUCCAUGUCAGUCUUCACCAUCCUCACAAUGCUCACAACAACAGCCUUCUAUGACCGAGUCUUCAUCAAAGUGGCUCGUAAAUUCACUGGGCUGGACCGUGGCAUCAGCUUCCUUCAUAGAAUGGGUAUUGGGUUUGUGAUCUCAACCUUUGCCACAUUAGUUGCUGGGUUCAUUGAAAUAAAGAGAAAGAAUGCAGCUAUAGACCAUGGGCUUUUUGACCACCCACAUGCCACAAUCCCAAUCUCAGUAUUUUGGCUUGUACCACAAUAUAGCCUUCAUGGAAUGGCUGAGGCCUUUAUGUCCAUUGGGCACUUAGAGUUUUUUUAUGACCAGGCCCCAGAGAGUAUGAGGAGCACUGCCAUGGCGCUCUUUUGGACCUCAAUUUCUGUUGGUAACUAUGUGAGUACCCUUUUGGUUACUUUGAUCCAUAAGUUCACUGCUGGGCCCAAUGGAUCAAAUUGGCUCCCUGAUAACAAUCUUAACAAGGGGAAGUUGGAAUACUUUUACUGGCUCAUCACAAUAUUGCAAUUUAUCAAUCUUAUUUACUACUUACUUUGCGCCAAAUUUUACACUUACAAGCCAAUUCAGGUCCAUCAUGAUAAAGGGGAUAGCAGUUCAGAAGGGAACCAAGUAGAACUCGCUACCACAGUUUAAGUGCAAUGUUGUAGGGAUUUUGAGUUUCACACCUUUUCAGUGACCAUGCUUGUAAAGACUAGGAGACCAUGCGCUAUACAUAAAAAAUAUUACCACUAAACAGUAGUAGAAGAAAUGUAUCCAUUAGCAUGUAUCUUUGUUUAACAUAUAUGUACUAUAAAUAAUUAUGGUUACUAUUGAAAUCA